AUGACCAGCGCAUUUUCAUCCCCACUCGGUGCUUCCAGACUGAUUCUACGACUUGUGUGCUUGAUUACUGGGAUUGUGGCAAUAAUCUGUCUCGGUCUAAUUGUCGACUGUGUUGGACUUGCAGUGACUGCUGUCGCUGUCUUCUGGUCAUUGAUCCAUAUCAUUUUCCUUCUAGCCAAGAAAGAGCUCCAUCCUGCUUUCUUCAUUGUGUUUGACUUCAUAGCAGCAGCCAUUACGGUGAUUAUCGCCGUCUUUGGUUCUGUGGCAGUUGCUUGGGUAAAUUCCACGAACAGGGAUGACUUCCACGUUCGUGCCGUUGGAAUCGCAAGCGCAGCAUUGAUGAUACUUACUGGGUAG